CAUUUCUUGGCUUACAACAACAACUCUUAAACGUUUUACUUUGUGCUGCACUCAACCUCAAUGGCCGCCUCAACAAUGGCUCUCUCCUCCCCUGCCUUCGCCGGAAAGGCCGUCAAGCUUUCCCCCGCGGCAUCAGAAGUCCUUGGUAGCGGCCGUGUGACAAUGAGGAAGACCACUGCCAAGCCUAAGGGCCCAUCAGGCAGCCCAUGGUACGGAUCUGACCGUGUCAAGUACUUGGGCCCAUUCUCUGGCGAGCCACCGAGCUACCUUACCGGAGAGUUCCCCGGAGACUACGGAUGGGACACCGCCGGACUUUCAGCCGACCCCGAGACAUUCGCAAGGAACCGUGAGCUAGAAGUUAUCCACAGCAGGUGGGCCAUGCUCGGAGCCCUAGGCUGCGUUUUCCCUGAGCUUUUGGCCAGGAACGGAGUCAAGUUCGGAGAGGCCGUUUGGUUCAAGGCAGGUUCGCAGAUCUUCAGCGAUGGAGGGCUCGAUUACUUGGGAAACCCUAGCUUGGUCCACGCUCAGAGCAUUUUGGCGAUUUGGGCCACACAAGUGAUCUUGAUGGGAGCCGUUGAAGGCUACAGAGUCGCAGGAAAUGGGCCAUUGGGAGAGGCCGAGGACUUGCUUUACCCCGGUGGUAGCUUCGACCCAUUGGGUUUGGCUACCGACCCAGAGGCCUUCGCUGAGUUGAAGGUGAAGGAGCUCAAAAACGGAAGAUUGGCUAUGUUCUCUAUGUUUGGAUUCUUCGUUCAAGCCAUUGUCACUGGUAAGGGACCGAUAGAGAACCUUGCUGACCAUUUGGCCGAUCCAGUUACCAACAACGCAUGGGCCUUCGCCACCAACUUUGUUCCCGGAAAGUGAGCCAAGUUUUUAUCAGUAUUUUGCUUCAGUCUUUGCUUCGUGUGAGUGAGAGGAGAAAGAGAGGUUGUUUAGAUGUAAAAUUUGCAAGACUUUGUGUAAUUUUUCAUUAAUCAAAUAACUCGUUUUUC